AUGGAACGCCCUGCAGACCCCGUGGGAGAAGGAGAUCCUGUGGGAUUCUUCUCGAAGCAGACUGAAGAAGUCUUUUGGCAGAAUGCCUCAUCGCCAGAACUCACCAACAGGCACCAAAACCUCACUUGGCUGGCACCGAGAGAGUUCCAGCGUGGCCAGUCCCUGGUCCCCCCCCCCGCCCACCCUCCUCGGUCGGACCAGCGGCGCUGCUGCCCGUUCCUCCGGCCGACAGGUGGCGCGGAUGCCGGCUGCUGUAUGUUCCUCCGGCCGGUAGGUGGCGGGGAUGCCGGCGGUGCGCAGGCGCGGGGCCGGGGCCGGGGCCGGGGCGGGGAGCGCGGCGGCGGUCGGAUGGCGGCGGAGCCGAGCGCGGAGCGGCGACUGGAGGCGGCCGAUGAAAUCGAGGACGAUGAUGACGACGAUCUGGAUGAAUCCUUGGCAGAACGACUGUGGGGUUUGACAGAGAUGUUCCCUGAGGGAAUGCGAAAUGCCUCGGGGAUAGCCGCAAGCUGCUCACUGACGUUGGCCAAAAAGCUCUACAGUUUCACUCGCUCAGCCCUGUGGGUGGGGACCACGUCCUUCAUGAUCCUCGUUCUACCAGUGGUGUUUGAAACUGAAAAGCUACAAUUGGAGCAACAACAGAUCCAGCAACAGAGACAGAUCCUACUGGGUCCGAACACAGGGAUGUCCGGUGGAAUGCCAGGAAUGCUGCCGCCACCAGUUCCAGGGAAAAUAUAAUGGACCUGACUCCCUGAGCGGGAGGUGCUGGUGGAGGAGGGGGUUAAAGGAUUGUCCUUGGGGAGGGAAUGUGGCAGCACAUGCAGACUCGCAGUCUGUGGCCCAUCGCUGGGGAGGAUAGAGCUGGUCCUCAUCGUUCAGCUCCAGACCAACCUGAUGCAUGGAGCAUCUUGUCUGCUAGGGGAGGGUGGGGGUGGGUGGGGGAUAUCUGAACUAAAAUCUGCUGGAUCAUCGUUCAGGGGAGAGGGAGGAGGCAGCUCGCUGAGUUCUCCAGACCUGUUACUCAUGAUCUGCAAUCCUAUCGUUCACAGCACCUUUUAUCAUCAAAGUGUACCAGUUGUUUAUGUAUGUAGUUACCAUGUUCACUAGGUUGAGGCGUGUCUCAGUAGAGGGGUGUGAGGGACAGCCCUACCAGUUCUUCGCUCCCUCUGAACACAGAACAGCUCAUCCUGCAUCUGUCUGCCGUGCAGUGGCAAGUGCCGCAAAGCUGUUGAAUAUUUGCUGGCUGUAGCAAAGACGAGCACAUUUAGUGCCUGCAGUGAUGCAUGGCUCAGGACAGUGAGGCUUGUAUAGUCAGAGUGAGCUCUCACCAAAGAGAGAGAUUCAACUGUUUCCUCCAGACCAAUUAUCCACAUGCUGCUGGGCAACCAGUGUGUAAGGUGAGUUGCCAGCGUGAUCACUGGAGUCUGCAGGGUGAAGGGCACUGGGCAGGUUGCACUUUUUUGCUUAGAGCUGACUCUGGGUAAUAGUCUACUGCAUGGUACAGAGGCCAGCCUGAACACACCGUCUGCAGAAAUGGUGACAAAUUGAUGCAGAACUGUUUGAUUUGUAUUGUGGUUUAAUAAACUUCUGGUGCUGGAUUGUGAAA